AUGGAGUUUGUACGAUUAAUUAAUGCUUUUUCACUUAAAGCACCCACUACCACUACUACAACUACAUUGGCUCCAACGACGACAACAACGACUGAACCCCCAACAACCACAACAACUGAGCCCCCGACGACUACGACAACAACUGAACCUCCUACAACUACGACAACAACGGAACCCCCAACAACUACGACGACAACAGAACCCCCAACAACUACUACAACAACCGAACCCCCGACGACUACCACAACGACGGAACCCCCGACGACUACCACAACGACUGAACCCCCAACGACUACCACAACGACUGAACCCCCGACAACUACCACAACAACCGAACCUCCUACAACUACCACAACAACCGAACCUCCGACAACUACCACAACAACCGAACCUCCGACAACUACCACAACAACCGAACCUCCAACAACUACCACAACAACAGAACCUCCAACAAGUACGACGACAACAGAACCCCCAACAACUUCCACAACAACAGAACCCCCGACAACAACAACAACCGAACCUCCAACUACUACUACUACAACUGAAUCCCCAACAACUACAACUACCGAAUCUCCAACAACUACAAUAACUACCGAACCUCCAACAACAACAACUAAAGCUCCGACAACAACAGAAUCUCCUACCACCACAACAACGACAACCAAAGCUCCGACAACAACGACAACAACAACGGAAGUUCCUACGACAACAACAAAAGCUCCUACAACAACAACUGAAGCUCCAACUACGACAACAAUUGAAUUAACGAGUACCACAACAACCACAACCACUGAAGCUCCAACAACAACGUCUACUACAACAGAAGCGCCUAUCACAUCAACGACAUCAACUACAACAGAAGCACCGACCACUACAACAACCACAACGGAAAAACCAACCACAACAACAACUACUACCGAAAAACUAACCACAACAACAACAACUACAACAGAAAUACCCACCACGACAACAACUACAACAGAAUAUCCGACCACAACAACAACUGAGAUUCCAACAACAAUUACAUCUACGACAACUCCAGUGGAAACAUCCACAACUACUAACAUUCCAACAACUACAACUACUGAAGCUUUAACAUCUACAACAACAACUGAAUCUACGUCUACUAAACCUCCUACAACAAGUUCGACGAUUCCAACAACUGAAACUACAACAACAACUACUCCUACGACAACAACAACAACUUCAGAAACGUCAACCACAACCAGUGUAACUACUACAACUUCUUUACCUACAACAACAACGACAACGGUAAUUAUACCGACAACAACCACAACUACUACCGUUUCAACGACAGAAUCCACAACUCCGAUUUCAACUACUACAGCUGCAAUAAAUGAGACCUGCUUGCCUUACUGCGAGUCCACAAGCUAUUGUUGGCCCAACAUGAAACUAAAUGGCACAGAUGUAGGUGAUAAAACUGUUUCAUUCGCAAACGGCCCUAUAGGGUUAGGUUGGGGUGCUUCGUUUCGUUCCGAAGAAGAUUCCGAUGAUGCUGGAGCGUGUCUUAAAUUUACCAAUUUUGCGAAGGAAAAAGGACACGAAAACUGUUUGAAAGAUCCUACCCAGUGUCCAAAUGGAUUCUCUUUCAGCGUUUGGGUUAAUAUUAUAUUUUACAGAAGCAAAAGACGCAAAUAUAUAAUCGAUUCCGGGUGCCCAGGACUGUAUAUUUAUUAUUCUGAAAUUACCCUUUGUGCCGGUUUAUGUAAAAAUGAUCAAAAAUGGGAAGCAUGCGCACCCGGCCCAAUACCGAAUAGUACUUGGAGUAAUUUGGGUGUAGCAUGGAAAAAGGAUAAUGGCAUAAAGAUUUACGUUAACAACACAUUGGAAGCUUGGACUAUGUAUCCGGAAGAAUUAACAGAAGAAGUAAAGAAACAAGAUGAAGUUACAGUUGGUUGCAAGAAAGUUGGAUCUGGUUACAGUCAUUUUGCUGAUUGCGAGCUCGAUGAAAUUGCGUAUUGGUUUCGUGAUCUCUCACCUCAAGAAACAAGUUGUUUUCUUGGUGAUUAUGACGAAGAAAAAAACUGCGAUACAGAAACUCAUCCGUUAUUCUGCGAAACAAAUCUGGCCAAACUCGUUGCUCUUGUGGGAGACAUUCCUUUAGACAAUCCCGAAGUUUUACGCGAGGUUCUAAAACAUUUGGGCAAAGUCGCAAAAAUCGAACCCGAACCAGCGGAUAAAAAAAACAGCACCGAUGAAAAAAUUGAUGAAGAGAAAGAAGAAAAAAUGUGUGAAGAUUUAACAAGUUUGGUCAACAUUAUUAAUAUUAUAAUGGAAAGAACAACAACUUUAUCUAGAAAGAAAAAUAUAAGUGUAGAAGUUUUUGAAAUAAAUCUACUUCUCCAAAAUUUGGUUUGCGGUGCUUUAGCUGAAAAGUAUGCUGACUGUUGGAAAGAGAUAAAUAAAAAAAAUGGCGGUUCCGCAGAAUUGGUAAAAUCGUAUGUGGAUUGGGUGUUGCUAAAAUCAACGGAUACAAAUUACACGGAAGUUCCUACAGUCAUCGAACAGAAAUGUUUUAAUAUUGAAUGCAGGAUCUUUGUUUCGUCGGCAGCAAAGAUACUUGGCGAAGAUAAUGGUAACAUUCCUCUCUCGGAACAUAUGCAAUCAGAAGAACAAAAUGAAACUGCCGAAGAAAAAAUUCAACUUACAGCUUCGUCGAAAAUUAUAGGAAAUAGAAAACCAAAUGAACGUAUUCAUAUACUGAACUGUAAAUAUGACAGUUUGAGUUCGGUUGCACCUCUUCAAAAUUCUAAUUCGGGUGAUGAUGAUGAAUGGGUAUUUAUCGAUGGUGAUGUGACAUCACUAGAGAUGGUACCUGAAGCCAGUUCUGAUAAUUUAGAAAAUGAUCCAAUUUUGAUGGGUUUUUCGAAUAAGCAGAAAAAAAAAAUGACAGGACGUAAACUUCUGGCAUCUGAAUCAGAUAUUGAAAAUUGUGAAAUUAAACAAAGAUAUUGCGUGCGUUGGAAAGAAAGCCAGGAAAUUAAAGGACGAGACGAUAAAGGCGGAUGGUCAGAUGAAGAUUGCAAAUUAGUUAACUCUUCGGAAGAAUCUACGACUUGUGCUUGUCAGUCAUCAGGAAUCUUUACUGUGAUGUCGAAGUUAAGAAAACCUUUCAGUAGAAAUGGAAUUUUAUCAGGUACUAUCCAUUACUCCUACACCGCUGUUUCAGCGUGGCUUUUAAUGGAAGGUCACGCAUUAUUCAGUGCUAUUGUAGCUGGUGUUGUUAAAGGAAGAGUUUUCUUAUAUUUACUUCUUGGUUGGGGCUUGCCUGCUAUAGCUGUCGGUGUUUCGGUCGUCUUAUAUACAGAUUACGGCUACGAUUACAGAUGUAUGGUUGGACCAACGAACGAAAUGAAAAUGAUACUUAUCGGAAGCAUUUUAGCACCAACAACGGUUGCAUUUUUAUGGUCGUUACUAACUAUGUGUAACAUUGGCACUCCUGUUAUCAAGAAAACAGCAGUAGUGAAUGAAAUAAGUUCUGCAGCUAAAACACACUUCAUCGUUAAUAUUUUAUUUCUGGUAACUUGGGUCUGUGCAGUUUUUACUUAUAUUGAUUUACGACUGGAUGACUUACCUCCGUUUAAUCCAGUUUUUCAAGUUUUAAAUGCGUCUUUGGGAAUAUUUUUUGUUUUAAUAAUUGGUUUUGGGUCGAAACAUUUUCGUUCUUCAAUCUGUAGAAGCAGAAAAAGAGGAAUUAGUGCUGCAAAAUCAUUGGAUCCCUUCGAAUAUAAUGACAAUGCUGUUUUAGAUAAAUAUCGAAAAACAUUUUCAGGAUAAAUCAAGUUAAAAGAUGGCAAAUUCAGAAGUGCAAAGUGUAUACACCUAGCAACAUGUGCCUUACUUUAAUAUAGAUGUUUAAAUACAGAUUGUGUAUAGGAAAAAAAAAAAAAACAGAUUUUAAGCUUAUACGGUGAGAAAAGUUAACGAAUUUAAUAAAAUUAUUUUAAAAAAAUAAUGUUUUCUACACGAGUAAAUGAAAAUUCACUGUAAUUUUAAUGUAUCCAAUAAACCAAAUAUAUUCAUUAAUAAGAUUUAAUGACAAUUUUGUGUGUUACAAAAAAUAUUAAAUAAUUAUUUUCUUAAAUAAUAUACGAAUAAGACUUUGUUCUACAGCAUUAUAAAUAUAAUUUU